CGAGCAAAGCUCGCUAGAGCCAACCCUCCCCGAAAGGAGUUCCACAGAUCAAGGUCCUUCUGAACAAAGUUCCGCCGAAACAAGUGCCUCAGAGGCAAUCAGCGAUGAGGCAAGGAUCGCCGGACCCAGGGUCAACGAACCAGCACCCGAAGAGAAGGGCCUUGAAGAGGAAUCCGAGAAUCCAGAGCUCGAGGAAGAACAGCCGAGCCUCGAGCUGUUUCCAAGUAAUGGAAGGCCCAACAAGCCCGCACCAAGAAACGACGCCGGCCCCUGAUGACGGAGAAACAUCGCCAGAGCCUGCCGAUGGAGAGACUGCGGCAGUGCCUAGCUAUGGAAAUACGACCAACCUGCCAUCAAAUGGUGUGCCAGACAACUGGUGGGCCGACUUGCCCCCGAUCAACUACUCUAGGUGGCAGAGAAGCGCUCUCGACGAGGAGGAGGCACGGAACAGGAAGCUCGAAAAGGCCAUCAGGACUGUCGCGCGAAACAGGGCUCCUCACAGUGUGGCUAGCGAAGCCAGCUCCGCUGUGGUGAGUGAAGCAAGCUCCGUGUCGGUCGAGCCGGACGGCUUGGAGGCCAAAGUGGACAGAUUGCGCAAAGACUUCAAAAAGCUAGGCGGGCAAGUCAAGAAGGCCCUCGAUUCCCGAGCCCCGGUCGCCAGUAACACCUCACGGGACCCGCCAGGUCAGUUGUCGGACCGUCCGCGGAGGUUUGUCGACGUUUUGGCCGUAAUCGCCUUUUUCGUUGCGUCAUAUUGCCUUCUGUCGGGCUGGUCGCAUAGCCAGGCGUUGGUCAUCGGCUACGGCCCUUACUUCAACAGCGAGCUCAACGGACUCGGCGGCGUCAUCAGCUUCCACUCCUGGGAGGAAUUCGCGCUUUUCCUUGUUGCGCUAUUGUUUCUUUUUGCACGGCUGGUGAUUUUCUGAGUAUUUAUGGGCCCACAAGGAUCGUGGUAUCUUCUCAUGGUGCUGACAACGAUAGGAAAUGGGACCUGGGAGUACUUUGCCUGAGAGUAUGCCCGAUAAUUGAGUCUAGGAAAGUGCCUAGUGUAGCUAUUAUCAGUUCAAAGCAGGUUAUAAUUCGCGUAAGGUGAGUACCUAUUACUACCUUACCUUCUAUCUUACAUAUACCCAAUAAUACGUUUGAGUUUAUACUAUUUCCCCCCCACCCAUCUAUCAGUGAUGUUCUGGUGGUAGGUAACUACCUAGGUAGCAAAGAAGCAAAGCUCGCGAACCGAGUUGAACUAGACACGUACACCAUUCUUCGCUUGUCCGCAUCCAGCUAGAUUUGACUCUGAGGGUGCUGUAGUUGGAAGUGAUAGCA